AUGGACGGCCUUUCUGCUGUUGCUGGAGUAGCCACCGCAGGAGCGCAGUUGUCUAAGUCUCUUUACGAUCUCUACACGACGGUUAGAGUGAGCCGCCAGGAGAUUCAAGAUGUCGCAAACAAUGUUUCACUACUGGCAAUGGUUCUCGAAGAGCUCGAUGGCGUCCUCCGUGAUGAUGGAUUGAAUUUUAAGCCGCGGUUGCGGGAAGCUGCACAGUCAAUUGUGCUUAGAUGUGCCGGUAUCUUCAAGGAUAUCCAGAAACAUACUGGAGCCGACCUGGGUCUGAAAGGGAGGAAGUUUCGUGAGAAGUUGGCUUGGUACUUCAAGAGAGAGCGAGUGAAGCCAUUGCGCAGUAGUCUCGAGUCUCUGAAAUCGACAUUGAAUAUUCUUCUCCACGUUGUACAACUUGCGAAGAGUACGAAGGGCAUAGAAGAAUAUCCAGGAGUGAAGCAUAUCGGACAUUGGUACGUUCGCAAAGAGCGGCGAGGCCUUGUUUGCCUCGUGAUCGACAAUCGUCAUGCGGUUGAGAGAUUGAAGCACUUUGAGGACCAGACAUCCCAAACAGACUUGGAAUCGAUUGAAAACGAGCCACCACUUGCUUUUGCUGACAUAUUUCCGCUUUCGGAAUCUAUCCACAAGCGUGGCCAAUCACCUGAGAGGAAGUUUGUCGUGGCGUUCUGGAACCCCACGCCCGGAAGCAAUGAGGAUCCCCGACGCUCCCAAGAUCCAGACAUCAACAAUACACGGACAAGCCCAAGCACACCGAAUGGCGACAGAUCUAUGUUCCCAUCCUCCCCUCGGGAGAACCGAAGUGAUCUAGAUAUGUCUAUAGACUCGGAUGCAGAAAGUAUCGGCCGAUCUACCUCAUCUCAGACAACGCGAAGGUCAAGGUCCAGAUCUAGACCGAUGAAGGAGCAAGCAACUUCCCGGUUGAUCUUGAACGUCAUACCUCACGAGACAGCUGAUGAGAACUUCAAGUCCGCACAGAGAAUGAGCAGGUCCACACUUCUUGAGGCAAAGGCUGAGGAGACUAUAGACACGCUCAUGCGCCAUUGGACGUAUGUCGACCCAAGAUACUUUUCUGAGGAUGAUGGCUCGUCCUUGUCUCCUGAGACUUCGCUUCCACUUCGUCGGGGCAAAGCCCCUCAGCAUAUCCAUGAGGCGAGCACCCCUGGUCCUUACGAGAGACCGCCGAGUCUACAUAACAAUUCCAGAAGACCAAUAUCGGAUCUUUUGGAGAACAGUGGCUCCGCAAAUGAGCUUGAUGACAGUCAAAACAUUUCAUUGGAGGGAAGAUCUAGAACUUCCUCUACCUUACCGGCAGGGCGGCGUCGGAAUGGCAAGGAGCUACCAAGUUCGCUGCCACUUGCUUCCCAAAACACAGAGGGUGGUCGAGGAGCGAAAGCCGAAGGCGCACUUCGCUCACCAAGUGACCAAGGACUACAAAGUCCAAAAGAACCAUCUACUCCUGCACCGCCAUACCUUUCUAGUCACUCAGGCCGGUGUCUUUCUUGUAGCGCCGUCUCUCCUAGCGGGUCUCCGUCCGGUGCAAAUAAAUAUGCGGGCCAGCCGGCAGACGCAAAAUCUCAAGAAACAGUUGCAGGAAAUGAGGCAAGCGUGUCCAUGGACAGUGCUUUUAGGUUAUUCGAGAAUAAAAUGCUUGAGAUGAUGAAGCGUCCGCCUUUGCAACAUGGUACACUAGAUGCGCAAUCCUGCCAGGAAAGCGAGCAGCAAGCCCAGUAUCAGCAGUCAAUUACCACUGGUCAAGAGGCUGAGCCCGUGAUACUGAAAGAUUGCCUGGGGAGGAAGUUCGUUUUUCCAAUUGACACGUGCAGAUCUUGGCAGGAUCCUACGGGGGAUUAUGACAUUCUGAGUCCUACGGGUGAAAUCAUUUUGCCAGAAAUAUGGGGCGCGGUCAUUAAGCCGGGUUGGGUCGUGGAACUGCGCUUUGGAGACUUUGCAAAAGCUGCAGAGAUUAGUCAGAAGGAUCUCAACGUCGGCGUCAUCGAGAUGACGCCAGAUGUAAAGUCCAGCCCGACUACUCCAGGUUCGCAGUUGGCGAGGGCGAAGCGGCGUGCUUCUUUGAGGACGUGGCUUGGAAAUCGCAAGUCGACCCCUAGUGUUGCACUUGAAUAA